AUGGGUCUAGUCUCUAAACCCAAAGUCAAAGCUGCAGUUUGGGCGCAUUUUGGUUUUAAGCCAAACGACAUCACCUGCGACUACGACAUCCCUGAUAUAUUUUCUGAGUUUAUAUCGGCAACGUCUGGGCAUGGGUACUAUUUUGAGCCAUCAGGUUCAGAGCAGAGUCAACACUACAUCAACGACAAUGGUUCCCAAGGCAACUUCAGUGGUCAAGGCAACAUCGGCGGUGGCCAUGGUAACUUCGGCGGUGGCCAUGGUAACUUCGGCGUUGGCCACGGUAACGACAGACCGCUUCACUUCAUCCCAGACACGGUGGUCUGCGGUGAGCCAUGGUUGGAGGGCGGUGACGCCCGUGCAGUGGGAUCCAUCCCCCCGUGCCUCAGCCUACGGAGGUGGGGCAGUGGGCCUGUGCCUGGGGGGUCAGCGGAGGAGGAAGAGGCGGGGGUGUUUGCCAAGACUCUGUCACUGCAGCAGGGGUGGACGUUUGGACCCUUCGUGGGAGAGUUGACCCGCGGCCCUCUGAGCUGCCUCAAAUACGCCUGGGCUAUCAAAGAAAAUGAUUCCUACUACUUCGUAGAUGCCUCGGAUGAAAACAAAUCAAACUGGAUGAGGUAUGUAGCGUGUGCUGCCUGCGAGGAGGAACACAACCUGACCGUGUUCCAGUACCGCGGUCAGAUCUUCUACAGGGUCUCCCAGCCCAUCCCUGAGGGGACAGAACUCAAGGUCUGGAUUGGCCAGGAAUACGCUGCCAUGCUGGGUCUAGGGAUAGGUGAGAACAUCAAGUGUGAAUUCGGGGACAAGGAAAUCCUACUGCGGAUCUUCCGUGACAUCCAGGUUGUGCCAGUAGGCGGAACCAGCAGUCUCCCAGACAUCAAUGGCUCUUACAGCUGGUCAGACAACAGCCAAUCAGGGAGCCCCUUGCCAGUCAUCAGUGAUGUCAGUAGCGGGUUACAGACUGAUACCACUGACCCCACCCCUGUCCUCAACCCACCUCAAAACACCAAUCAGACGUCACUGUCAACAGCCAUGAAGUACGACUUUGUGAAGGGUGCUGAGAAACUGUUGUGCCCCUCUCAGCCCAACAGCCCCGUAUGGGAGUUCUUUGGGUUUGAGCCGGACCCCAACGGCCAGCCGCUGGACAAGGACAAAGUAAUGUGCAAGCUGUGUGGUCAACACGUGGACUACAGUGCUACUGUCACCCACCUGGAGAACCACCUGGUCCAGAUGCACCACAUGAAGCGCCGGGACGUCAUCAAGGAUGGCAACAAGCCCUGGGUUUCGUCCUCACGCUUCAGGCCUUACCACACUACGGGCGGCAGAGCACCUCGUUCUAGCAGCCCCUCAACCCACAGAACCAACAACAAUAACUACAGUAAUGAGGACUGGACUUGGAGUGGGAACGGCAGUUCAGCAGUGACCGAUACUGUAACAGCGGGUUCGACCACCGCCGUUACACAGGGACCGAGAACGCUCUCUAACGUCUUGACCACUCAAACCACCAGUGCCAUCACUAACUUCCUCAUCAAAGACUUGUUGCCCCCAGAUACAGUGGAGGGGGAGGGCUUCAAGCAGCUGAUCCAGACCCUGCUUCCGUCCUGCAAGGAGCUUCCUUCAGCCUCUCUACUAGAGGAGGUGCUGAGGGACGUCCACACCAAGGGCAGAAAGAACUGGGCCAAGUUGCUGACGAACAGCACUGGGUUUAAUGAGGAAGACACUUCCAAACCUACCAUUCCAGUUCAAUUCAAACCCAGCUCCUCAACCAGAAAAGCUGCCCGUUCCCGCUCAAAGACCCAGAACCAACUAUCUCACCACGUAGCUGUUAGUGCUGACGUGUGGUGUCAUGACUGGCAGGGAGACAAGGAGCGAUACGCUACCCUGUGGGCCCAUUUCAUCAACGCUGACUUCGCUUCCCAUAACCUGGCUUUGGCCACGCAACGUCUGGGUGAGACAGGAACUGGGGAUAUGGAUCUGAGCGUAGUCGAGGCUAUAGUGAGGUCCAUGGCUCAGGAGUGGGACAUCUCUCAGCCGAGUUUCAUCCUGCUUGGGGGCGAAGAGAUGGAAAAGACGAAGGUGGGUCCGAAGAAGCGAGAGAGAAGUGGAGAAGGGGUUGGUGGAGGUGGAGGUGCCCGUCACCACCACCCGAACUCCACCACAUUCCUGGAGAUGGAGGACUCCAUAUCCUCUGAUGAUCUCUCAGGUCUGGAACGAGCGAUCGAACGAGCCAACUCCACCAGCGGGGAGUCCCACUCUCCACCCAUACCCUGUUUCUUCACAGCUGUUCAGAGCUGCAUAGAGGAAGUCAUGGGUCAUUCCAUCAUCUCAAAGACCCUCCGUGUAUUCCAACACCUUCUCUACAGCCUCUUCUCCUUCCAUGGUAAAGACAUGGUAACUCUUCACCCAGCCAGGAAACUGAUCUUAGUCCUACAGAAGCAGGAGACGGCUGAGCUGAAGUCUUGGGCCUAUGGGAAACCAGGCUGGAAUGGGCUUUACAGUGUGGUCAAGACACUCCUCCGCUAUCAGAACAUGAUCUCUGAGACACUAAAACAAAUAGACAGUGAGAUUCAAACUGGACAAGAAACAGGAAGUCCCACUGACUUGGAUUCAGGGACGACUGUGGCUUUGAAAACAGCUGACAACCAUGACACAAACUCCACUUCCGCUGGCCGCGCUAACUCUGACACCACAGACGGCUCCAACUCAUCGGUACCCGUCCCUCCCAAGCGAUCUGACUGGAAGGUGUUGGAGGAUCUCUCCUCCAUGCUGAAACCCCUAGACGUGGCCUGCCGUACCCUGGCCAAGGAACCGUUCCCCAGGCUCUCGUUGGUCAAGCCCAUCCUCACCGGCCUGCUCGACCGACAUUUCGCCCCCCACCCCCGCCAUCGCAACGACUCCACCAUCUUGAAGGAACUCAAAAAGAAGAUAAGGUGGGGCCUUGCCCGCCGGUACAACGACCCCCAGAUCAACCAGGUAUUGUGUGUAGCGUGCGCCCUCGACCCCCAGUUUCACGGCCUGGGCUUCAUGGAAGUCAGAGAGCAGGCGACCACCUUCGCCUGGCUGAAGAAAGAAGCGGUCCGGAUCGUAGAGGAGGACCAGAGGAGGGCCGAGGCGGCGGCGUCUCGAGGGGGCAGGAAGAAGAAAAGGGGAUCCUCCUCGACCACCUCCUCAUCAGGAGAGAUGGAGGGAGACGUCCUAAGAAGAAGCAAAAGGCUGAAGGAGAUCACCCCGGUCAGUUUCAAAGAGAGAACAGAGAGCGAUUCAGAUGAGGAAGCCACCGGUAGCUCUGUGAAUGGCGACAGUGAGAGUGAAAACAUGGAGCUGAAACUUGAGCCCGUGUCCCAGCAGACUGGCAUGGAGUUCCUUCUAGGGGACCUGUUCAGCUCCCAGUCCCAGAACAAGCAGCCCUCCGUGGAAGAGACGGUGGACAUUGAGCUGUCUGUCUUUAGAGCAGAGAAGGGAGCCACCCUGGGCGUGGAGCCUUUACAGUGGUGGAAGGCCAGAUCAGGACAGCUCCCCCUGCUGGCCAAAGUAGCACGUGCCUACCUGGCUGCCCCGGCUGUCGCGGGCAGUGCUGUCCAGACGUUCCUGCAGGAGGGAGGAGGGGUGAUACAGAGGAAGAGAACCAAUAUCCCUCCAGAGGGCCUUGACCAGAUGCUGUUUCUGCACCAUAACGGCCUGACCGCGACCACACAGGGUCACACAACGGUCUGAAAUGAUUAACACAACUUGCUGACUGUCACUCAAUACAGAAAUUUAACUAUGGGGCUUCUCUCUCUCUCUCCAAGUUGAUGAGAUGGACUUAGUGAUAGUCUUCACACAAUCUCUGAAACUCGAAAGACUUUCCUUUCUUGGUUAAAAUGUUGGACUGUUGAACAUGUUACUGUUCUGUGUUUUCAGUAUGUAGAUAGAAACUAAAUUAAGAGAGAAGUCCUUUUCGGUGCCUUAUUCUUUGAACUGUUUGCAUAACUACUGUACGCAUGUAUUGUUUAAGUUCUGUUUUUUGUACUGUAUGCAUAUACUGUUGUUUAAGCUAGUUUACCGUCCGAAGUCUGAUGGGACUCGUUUUUGUUCUGAACCUAUUCAUUUCAGUUUUAAGAACUUUUUACAUUUCAGAAUUAUAUGUAUGUGUGAUAUACACAUACAUACAUACAUACAUACAUACAUACAUACACACCAC